ACUACCUGAAGUUUUGGAUUACCUCAAUCAAGACAUUUGGAGGCAAAAAGGCACCACUGUUUCUUGUUGUCACACACACGGAGAAAAAAUCUAAAGAUGAAAUAGAAAAGUAUUUUGGAGAGUUUUGGAAAGCUGUACCAGACGAGGACAGAGAUUGGUUAAGUGAGUCUCUGAAUGAUCGGGAAUAUGCAGUAGGUCUGAAGACACUUAAUGAUAAUACCAAGGAAAUACUAGAGUCAAUGAAAAAGUCCAUAGUGGAACUAUUCACAGAUGAGAACACUACAAAGGUUGAAUUGCCUUCUUCAUGGGCUCUAAUGGAGCAGUUAUUGUAUGAAGGAGGCUGGAAGGUUUUGUCCCUGAGUGAAAUCUGGAAGAUAAACUCAUCUCUUCCUUAUGAAUACCAAAUCAAAGGUGAUGACGAAAUGACCAAAUUUUUAAAAUGUUUCCAUGACAGUGGCCUUCUUUUGAAUUUUGAAGAAGUGGAAUUGAGGGAGCAUGUUAUACUAGACAUUCAGUGGUUUGCUAAUGCUUUCAGCAAGAUUAUUGCUGAUGAAAACCACAUCACAAAGGACUGUAAAAGAAAAUUAAUCAAAGAAUGGAAAUCAUUCAACAAAACAGGAGAACUGAAAGAUAAAGUGAUAGAUGCUUUGUGGAAAGAUGAACCCUCCUACGUGAAACAUAAAAGUGAAAUUAUGCCAUACAUGGAGAAACUUCAAAUGCUGGUACAUUUGAAUGCAGAUGAAGCUGUAUCAGAAGAUGGCAUGUCAUGGUAUGUCCCAUGUAUGAACAAAAAGCAGUUUAAAGCUGACUUCCUUGAAGAUAAAUGGGAAUGCUCAUCCAUUUUGUGCUUCAGAUUCACUUCCUUUGCCAUGUUUGUUUUCUACAGACUGAUAGCAUACUGCAUAAGUUCUCUUAGGUGGAGUGUUGCAAAAGAUGAAGACAAUGAUGGAUGUCCAUGUCUUUAUCAAACAGCAGCAGUGUUUGAUCACAAUGAACACACUGUUGUUGUUGGCAUAUGUAAUGAUGAUAUUCAGUUGCAAGUGUUGCGAAUCAGACCAUUGACUGUAGACAAAGAAGUAUCAAAUGAAAUUGGGGACUCCAUUGAAAAAGCCAUAGAAAAAUUGACAGAAACAUUUAUUGACACAAAAAUAUUCCACAGAGGAUACAAAUGUCAAAACAUUAUUUGUAAUGAGAGAGAUCUAUCUUUCACCCUUGUAAGUGAGCUCUCCAACAUCAAGGCAGAAGAAACGCAAUGCAAGUGUCAACUUCGGGAGAAACAUAUGAUAAAUGUACAGACGACUAUGAGUUUUUGGGAAAAGACAAAAAUGAGUGUCUCUAAAACUCCAGUGGCCUCUGGUGGACAUGACCUUGAGGGACGAUCAAGAUUCGCAAAACUUGGAAUGGCAACAAACGAUGUGUUAAAUCAGGCAUACAGAGAUAUACUAGAGAUGGAAGUGCCUCCAAUCGAUAUUGAAAAGAAAGCUAAAGCAUCUCCAGCUUACAAAAGAUUGCGCCCAGAGCAAGAACAACUCUUGCUAGAUGCUAAGCAUUUGGGAUAUAAGAACUUUGACAUUUCAUUAACAUACACAUUAAUCCGAAACAUUUGUUCAAAGAUCCCUAAGCCAACAAAAGGAAAGUGGGGAGAAGAGCCAGCAGCAGGAGAGGUGACAGUGGGUGAUGAUAUCGAGAGAAUUAGGUCCAUCCGAAACAGUUUGACUGCACACGUGAGAUCAGCCUCCACCUCUCAGAGAGAAUUCGAUGACACCUGGACAACAAUGUCUGAUAUCUGCCAAAGAUUGGAAACCUUCACUGGGAAGAAAUACUUGGACAACCUUAAUAGCAUUUAUAAACUGACUUUAAAAGAAGGAGGUGAAGAUGCAAUUAAAGCUAUUAUAGAAAAGUUUGUCAAGGAUCAACAUGAACAACAUAAACUGUUGGUCAAGGAUCAACACGAACAACGUGAACUGUUGAAGACAGUCGUGUCAGAUGUUCAAGAAUUAAAAUCUCAAAUGAGGACAUUAAAACGAAUUUGAAGAAUUGAACCAUUCAGAAAUAAUAAUUUUUACUCAUAGAAUGUUUUCAGUACUAGUAAAUAAUGAAUUCUUUAACACCUGGUUGAAGAUAUUGAAAGAGUCAUUGGUUAAAGUCUUUGAAUAAGCUUAAUUAUAAUUACAAACUGGAUAUGAAACAUGUGGAUAUAUGAGGAAUUUGAUAUUUCAUUUACACACAAGUUGAAAAGAAACAUUUGUUCAAAGAUCCGUAAACCAACAAAAAAGGGGGAAAAGAGCCAGCAGCAUGAGAGGUGACAGUGGGUGAUGAUAUCCUGAGAAUUAGGUCAAUCAGAAAUAGAUUGACUGCUCUCGGACAGAAUCCAAUAACACUCUGUUGACAAUGUCGGAUAUCUGCCAAAAAUUCACUGUAAAAAAGGACUUGGAUAACAUUAAUACCAUUUAUAAUGGCUUUAGAUGUAGAUGCUAUUUCAGCAAUCAUAGAAAAAUUGGAACAACAUAUGUUGGAGAAAUUCAUGUCCAGUAUGCAAAAAUUAAUGUCAGAUAAGUUAGAUGUGAAAAAAUUUAAAUCAAAAUUGAUGCUGACAGGCAGUGCUGCCCAAAGUCAACUUUUUAUGCAUCGAACAUAUGCAGAGUGACUUUAACUUUUACAAAAUUGAAAAUCAGUUUUUAUCAAGUGUGAAGCAAUAUAGAAAUCAUGAUUUUUAUCCCUGAAAAAUCAAAAUUUUAGAAAGAGACUAGUAGUCACUACGAAAAUGCUUAUGAUAUUUGGUUCAUAACUCUAUAUAUGUUUUGUAUUCCUUUUCAAUAACUUUUCUGUUUAUAGAGUUUCAAUAGUUUCGCACCUAUAGACAGCCUUCAGAAUCGUGCGCUAAGGUAUUCUUAGGAUUAAACAGGAUUUACUUCCCCUCUGACUUUAAAAGACGCUUUUAAAUGGCCCCCAUAUAUAAAAUUGAUGAUUAAAUAUGUUCUGGAUGGGGAACUGUUUGAUAAUGAUGAAUAAGGACGGACUUACCAAAAAGCAUUCCACUGGGAUUACAAUUAUCAUGGUGCUCAAAACAUUGAACCUAAUGUGAGAAACUGGACAUUUUAUGUGCUUCUUAGCCAGCUAUUACUAGAUAUUAAAGAAAUUGAAAGGAAGCUAUGCAAAUAAACCGAAGAAUAUGGAAAGAAGGCUUACCAAAAUAAAGGACAGAUCUUUAUAACAUUUUCAAGGAAACAUGAGUUUGGCGUCCAACUCUCAGACAAAAUUCAAUAACAGUGGGCCUUGUGCAUAUGAAUUCUGUGCAGUCGCUAUUUUUAUGGAAUAUCACCCGUAGUCAAGCAAUGUUACCGUUGCUACGUUGGAGAUAAUGGCUUCAUCAUUAAUCGGAUAAUAGUGCUUUUAACAAAUGUAUAGCAUUUAAUCAAAAUCAAUCAAUUUACAUGAAAGUAUAAUGUUAUAGAAUUGUUAAAAUCCAAACAGGUUUAGAGACAAUCAAAUGAAAUGUCCAAGAAGUAAAACAGUAAUCAACCGUAAUAAAGGAGCUACAGAUUAGGAGCUUGUAGGUUAUUGUGUAGAAUAUUAAAGAAUUGCUUGUUUCACUUAAUCUUAUAAGAAUGGAGAGUG